AUGGCAUGCUCCUUCCCUGUCUUCUUAAGCACAGAUGAAUCGAUGGCGGAGCCAACAAUGACUACAAGGAUUAGCUUGGUUCUAUUAAGAAGUGAAAAAAGAGUAAUCUUUUUUAUGGUGCGUCUUCUGCUUUUUCUUAUUUUAAAAAUCAAUCAUGUUCUUCUGAUUUUGGUAAAUGGAUGUAAGAGUGAAUCUCCAGCAGCAAUAGCUAAUCGAUGGGUUUCUUUUCUUCCUGUUUCAGUGGUUGAUUCAUCAUUUUUGUUUUUGUUUUGGUUUACUUUCCUAGCCGCCUUUUCUGCCUAA